CACGUUGGGGUCCCAGAACCCAGAUUUUCGUUGGGUAUAUAUAAGCUUUCUCAUGCUCUUCAAUUCUUACACAUCACCACAAAAAUCGUUCUUUUUUCUUCUUCUUCCUCUUCUGCUCUGUUUCUUAGUCAAAAGGGUCCAUUAUUCAUCUCUCAAGGCAAUUUAGAAAGAAAGAAUGGUGAAGAUUUGCUGCAUUGGUGCUGGAUAUGUUGGGGGUCCUACAAUGGCAGUCAUUGCACUGAAGUGCCCAUCCAUUGAAGUCGCCGUUGUCGAUAUCUCCAAACCUCGUAUUGCAGCCUGGAAUAGCGACCAGCUACCCAUCUAUGAGCCCGGCCUUGCCGGCAAAGCAGCCGAUUUGACCUAUUGGGAGAGCGCUGCUCGCAUGAUUGCUGAUGUCUCAAAGUCAGACAAAAUCGUUGUUGAGAAAUCCACUGUCCCUGUCAAGACAGCUGAGGCUAUAGAGAAAAUUUUGACUCACAAUAGCAAGGGAAUCAAGUUCCAGAUCCUGUCAAACCCGGAAUUCCUUGCCGAGGGAACUGCAAUUGAAGACCUUUUCAAGCCAGACCGUGUCCUUAUCGGUGGCCGGGAGACCCCAGAAGGCCAGAAAGCUCUCCAAACAUUGAAGGAAGUUUAUGCUCACUGGGUCCCUGAAGAGAGAAUCCUAACCACUAACCUGUGGUCUGCUGAGCUGUCUAAGCUUGCUGCCAAUGCCUUCUUGGCACAGAGGAUUUCAUCUGUUAAUGCAAUGUCGGCGCUUUGUGAGGCUACCGGGGCAAAUAUCCAGCAGGUGUCCUUUGCUGUGGGUACUGACACAAGAAUUGGACCCAAGUUCCUCAAUGCCAGUGUUGGAUUUGGUGGAUCCUGCUUCCAGAAGGAUAUCCUGAACCUUGUCUACAUCUGUGAGUGCAACGGCCUUCCUGAGGUGGCCGAGUACUGGAAGCAAGUCAUCAAGAUCAAUGAUUACCAGAAGAGCCGGUUCGUGAACCGUGUAGUCUCAUCAAUGUUCAACACUGUCUCAAGCAAGAAGGUUGCCAUUCUUGGAUUUGCCUUCAAGAAAGAUACCGGUGACACAAGGGAGACUCCGGCCAUUGACGUGUGCAAGGGGCUACUUGGCGACAAGGCCAACCUAAGCAUAUAUGAUCCACAGGUAACUGAGGACCAAAUCCAGAGGGAUCUGUCGAUGAACAAGUUCGAUUGGGACCAUCCGAUCCACUUGCAGCCGACUAGUCCUUCUACCGUGAAGAAAGUGAGUGUGGUUUGGGAUGCAUAUGAAGCCACAAAGGAUGCACAUGGAAUCUGCAUUCUUACUGAGUGGGAUGAGUUCAAGACCCUUGAUUACCAGAGGAUCUAUGAGAACAUGCAGAAGCCAGCAUUUGUUUUUGAUGGAAGAAACAUCGUUGAUGCUGAUAAGUUGCGUGAUAUUGGAUUCAUUGUUUACUCAAUUGGUAAGCCACUUGAUGCUUGGCUCAAGGACAUGCCUGCUGUGGUGGCAUAGGAACAAACAAGAUCAUUGAUCAAGUUUUACAAACACUGCAAUAUGGGUUAAAUUUGAGGAUUCUUUAUUAUUUUUUGUAAGAUCUAUUUUCCUUUUUUGGUUCUUUACACCUCCUUUGCUUUUUACCCAUAGUAGUUGACAUAAAAUGAGGUAUAAAUUAUGGGAAAGUAGGAGGAUCUAUGUUUAUUUUACAGAUGUUUUGCUUUGUACUCCUAUUCAUUUCUACUGCUUAUGGCUGUUAUGAAUGUAAUAGGAUUAUCAUAACUUGUUUUUGUUUUGAUUAA